UUGUUUGGAUGAUCGAGUCUGUUUAAGAGGCAAGUUUAAAUACUUCGUUGGGAACACAAUUGUUAAGUGCUGUAAACAGUUUAGUCUGAGGGAGGGAAAGAGCAGCAGACUCGUAGCGGGAACGCAUAAUGCAAUGGCCCUUUCUCUCAGACCUUCAAACUCGGUGAACCAUUAUGGCACACCGCUGCACGAAGCGGGUGGAAACUUUAGGGCACGGAAAAAGUUCCCUCAUUUCAGCAGAGACGACUCGAAAGAAAACAUGGAAACGCCAGUGAAGAAAAUAAUAUUUACCCCCCGGCCAGUGACACCCAUGAUAUCACAGACGCAGGCAAACCUUUUGUCCAACUUGGAAUGUAGCAAGCUAUCUGAGAAGUCUGUGAGCCCAAACCUUGCCAUGUUGAGAAUGCCUUCAGGUUCAAAUUUACAAGAAAAGCAAAGACUUCUGCAGGAAAAACACCAGAAGGCAAAAGAGACUCUGGACAAACUUGCUGUCGGAGGAGGAGUGAGCCUUUGGCCAGAGAUGAACAACAUGAGGCUGACCGCAGACGAAGGGCUGGUCCUCUUUGUAUCGUGCAUGCUGAUGACUUUUACAGUUUUCAUCAUUUUCAAAUAUCUACAUGGUCCGUUGCUGCUGAGCUUACAUCACUACACUGAUAAAGUCAGGGCCUUUUCUGGAAACCAUCCAAUCCUAAGCAGGUCCGAAUCGUCUGUCAACGAAUCUGUGAUGAGAUGGCACAAGGAUUUCUGGAAACUGCUGGAUGACAUCCAGAGGCAGUUUGAAACCCAUCUCCACACAGCCCAUGCCACUUAUAUCCUGUAUUUGAUUCUCUAUGUUGUUGCUGUCGGGACGCUGCUAUACUACCUUGCUGAUAACAUGAUUCAGAAAAGCAGGCUCACGCCACGAAGGAUAAAAAUUUGGGUUUUACUUCUGAUUGCUACAGCAUCAUGGACUGUACUGAUGCUUCAGUUACUGGUUUAUUCCCAAAACCUGGAGCACACUAUUGAGGCCACAGUUUACAGGCUUCUAGAAGAGCUGGCUUAUCUAGCAACACUGGACUUCAGACUCCAGACAUAUCACAAUGUUGCCACCUACUGGAGAUUUCGAUGCCUUCCACCUACCACCCGGGGAACACUGUGCAUCUUUGGAAUUGUGCAAGUGCGAGAUGUGUUCUUGUAUUUACAGUAUUACAGUGUGCCAGUGCUAACCGCACUCUGCACACCCGUCCUGAGACUGAUGCUAGCUCUCAAAGAGAUGUAUAUUGUGCCUGGAAAAACCCAAGCAAGUUUAAAAAGGUAACGAAGUAACUAAACAGAUGUUUACCAUAAGCUGUGUAUGUUAAGAGAACAGGCAGCUGAUUUGUAGAAGUGAAAUACUUUUCAUACGUUGUCAUAACAUUUCUUCUAUUGCAGUACCAGGACCAAUGUUUUGGAAUACUGAAAGUGUUUUGAGCAGUGUAGCUGUUGCUGUCUCUUUCAAUGAGGAACUUUUCAAUUCAGUUGUACUUUUAAACUGUCUAACUAAUAAUGUGAAUAGGCACAUUAGUUUGUUUUUAUUGUAACCUUCAACCUGCCAUUUUGUGUGUUUAUUUGAACACAGUUCAUGUUAUUCUUUGUGAGGGGAUUUGAGAGAGAUCCAAUAUGGUCAUCUUUUUCUUUUUUUUUAAUAUACUUUAUUUUUUGGUUCACUUUUUAGGGUUUUAUUUUAGUGUGUUUUUUUUAAUAGGUACCUAAUGACCAUUUAAAUAGGAUAUUUGUCUUAUUGUAAUUCCUGUAAAACAAGAAUCAGUGUAACUUACUGCCAUAUAAUUAAUGAUCAGCACAAAAAACAAUGAAUAAAAUCUAAAAAGGAUAUACAGUGGUUUGUGUAUGCUAACAUUGUUUUAAUCAGGAGUUGCGUACCAUGCACUAACAGUGCUUAUGUGUAUAUAAGGUUUUCUACCUGGAAAAAGCUGGAUAUAAGAUGAACCUGUUACUGCAGCCUGAUUUACAGAGUGGUGUGGCAUUGAGGCAAACCAAAGGUGCUACUAAAUGGGGAAGGGGUGAAGUUGAUUACAUCAAAUGGGUUAAUGUGGUAGCCAGGGGUUUCAGCAAAAUACAGCCUUUUCACAAAAUUGAAUGAUAACCCUACUUUUGCUACAACUUUUUUUAAAUUUUAUUAUGUUAACACCUAAUAACAGAAGUUGCCUUUUUGGCGCUGUUGACAAACAUACUGACCACCGGUCCACUAAUUGUUUAAUGUUUUUAAAACCAUAAAGAAGGGUUGCAGAGCAGUAGCAACUUGAAUCGCUGUCCUCAGUGUUCUCUUCACAGUGAAACAAACAAGUCACGUAGAAAAAUCGAGGAUGAAGGAAAGAAUAUAAACAAACAUUUGCUGGAAGAUACUGUGGAUCGCGCUUAUAUUGUUGGUGAAAAAACAACGUUUUCGUUGUCAACCAAAGAAAUCCAAGAUUUGUUUUUCUGUGAGAACAGACGAUUGGUGAGGGAUGAAGAUCCGUGCUGUAUCCCACAUCCUUCGCAGUGGUGUGCUUCCGGAUCGAGCUGUGCAGUUUUGUGAUCAGAGCUCGCAGCUCCUCGUUCUGUUGCCUCGUCUCGCCUCUGUCUCACCGCUGUGUCUAGCUCCUCUCUUACCAAGGCCAGGUCCUCUUCAAGGUCCUUUUAAUCUGCAUAGGUAUUUUUAUUUGAUUUAGGUAAUUGACGAGUGGCCACAUAUAUAGAGCCAGAAAUAAUUUGUUUGUUGAAGGUGUGAGUGGGAGUUGUCAAUUUUCUGUGUUGGUCAGGGAAGUUGUCCAGCCUGACAUAAGUAUUAUAUUAUUUUGACUUCUGUGCCUUGUUUAUUUGUUCCUGUUUUGUUUGUUAAUAAAAGUGCACAUAC